UGGGUGACAAAUGGAAGAGCUAUUGUCUGGUGAUGCUACCACUUAAUUAAAAAAAGUUACCCCUUGGGUGGGGUUGACACCCAAGGUGGGCUGUUGCUGACAGCAUGGCGAUUAGUCCCACUUCCAUUCUUUCAAAAUGGCUUGUAACAGCACCACUUCCUGUCCAGGGAGGAAGUAAUUUUAGCCCCAGCCCUGAAAUAUUUAGCAAAUCUUUAAAACAAAAAGAGCAAAUUGCAUUUCUUUCUGGUUUCAAAAGGGUGCCUGAGCCACAUGGGGUUAAGGUGCCCCCUCAGCUGGGGUAGUUGGAAGCAGCCAGGGCUGUGGGGGGUAGCAGGCACCCUUUAGGUGGAGGCUAUCUCUUUUUUUGGUAGAAAUGAAGGGGUGGGUCUAUGGUACAUCACCUGAGUUGUGGGGUAAAUGUAGAGAGUGUCAAUCAAAGGCAGAGCUCAGAGCUGGGAAGGAGCUCUAGAUGGCGGCUGUGCCUUAGAGAGAGCGCGCUCAGCUCCGUGCCUUCCCCAACACUUUACGCAACUUUCCCUAACUUUCGGGCAGCCUCAGGGGGCCCCCAUAGCCCCUUGCCUCUCCUAGGCACUAAUCGGGGGCCGAGCGGACCUUUUUCGGGCAGAAAAGCAGCUUUUGAGGGCUCCCUUUUCGUGCCUUGCUGGAAAGAAGAAGCCGUGGAGAGAGCCCAGGUCGUUGUUUUUCCAGCUUAGAAGCCAUGGCGUACCUCCAUUUUUGUGCGCUCUCCUAAUGAGCUUUUUCCCCCGGAUAUUUUUGUACUAAUUAUCGCUUCUUUUGCUUUAUCGGCAGCAUAUUUUUGGGAUUAGAAUAUAUAUAUUUUUUUCAUUUUCUGAAAUUCGUAUUUUAUCAUUCCGAGGCUAAAUAUUUUGGAUCUAAUGUUUUUCCACUACCCGAAACUAAUAUCGACUUGGUCCUGGCGGCGGUGCAUGGAUCAGUAAAUACCUGGGCACAGGACUUCAAAGCAAACAGACACCCCUGACCCCCCUCUUAAUAUUUAAGAAUAAAAAGAUGAUGAGAAAUAAGGACAAAAGCCAAGGAGAGGAGGGUUCAGUCCACAGCAAUGCAUCGAGUCAUUCGGCAUCCGAAGAAGCCUCUGGCUCUGACUCUGCGAGCCAGUCUGAAAGUGAGCAGGGCAGCGAGCAGGGCAGCGAGUCAAACAGCAGCUCCGAGUCCUCCGAAAGUCAGUCUGAAUCCGAAAGCGAAUCAACGGGUUCCAAAUCCCAGCAGACCCCUCCUGAAACCAAAGAAAAACCGGCCUCUAAGAAGGAAAGGAUAGCAGAUGUUAAAAAGAUGUGGGAAGAAUAUCCUGAUGUUUAUGGGGUUAGGAGGUCAAACCGAAGCAGACAAGAACCGUCGCGAUUUAAUAUAAAAGAUGAGGCAAGUAGCGAAUCUGAAAAUGAGAGCCCCAAAAGAAGAGGCCAGAAACAAAUGAAAAAAGCAAAUAAAUGGAAAAGAGAGGUCUCUGGUGAAGAAGAGGAUGAAGAUGGAGGGGAGCAAGGUACCAGUGCGGAGAGUGAGCCUGAACCGAAGAAGGUUAAAGCAAGAAGACCUGCCCAAAGGAGAACAGUGGCCAAAACCAGUGUUAAAAAGCCUCACAAACCCCAACGUGGGAAGAAAAGAAAGAAACAAGACUCAUCUGAAGAUGACGAUGAUGAUGAAGAUGAUGAGACUCCCAAGAGACAAACUCGACGAAGAGCAGCCAAAAAUGUCAGUUACAAAGAAGAUGAUGAUUUUGAGACGGAUUCUGAUGACCUGAUAGAGAUGACGGGAGAAGGAGCUGAUGAACAACAGGACAACAGUGAAACUAUUGAGAAAGUCUUGGACAUCAGGCUUGGAAAGAAAGGAGCCACUGGUGCUUCCACCACAGUGUAUGCAACUGAAGCCAAUGGCAACCCGAGUGCUGACUUUGACCCCGAAAAGGACGAGGGAGAAGUUCAGUACCUGAUCAAAUGGAAAGGCUGGUCCUAUAUCCACAGCACGUGGGAAAGUGAAGAGUCCCUGCAGCAGCAGAAGGUGAAGGGCCUGAAAAAACUAGAAAACUUCAAGAAAAAAGAGGAGGAGAUCAAGCAAUGGCUGGCCAAGGUAUCACCUGAAGAUGUGGAAUAUUUCAAUUGCCAGCAAGAGCUAGCUUCGGAGUUGAACAAACAGUAUCAAAUAGUGGAGAGAGUAAUUGGNGUGAAGACCAGCAAGUCUGCAACGGGGCAUUCCGAGUUCCCAGCCAGCAGUCGUAAAACGUCCUCAAACGACCCCGAGUACCUCUGUAAGUGGAUGGGGCUGCCCUACGCAGAAUGCAGCUGGGAAGACGAGGCUCUGAUAAGCAAGAAAUUCCAGCACUGCAUUGACAGCUUCAACAAUCGGAACAACUCCAAAACGAUUCCAACUCGGGACUGCAAGGUAUUGAAGCAGAGACCUAGAUUUGUUGCCUUGAAGAAACAGCCUUCUUAUAUUGGUGGUGAGAACUUGGAGCUGCGAGAUUACCAGCUGGAGGGCCUCAAUUGGCUGGCUCACUCAUGGUGCAAAAACAACAGCGUGAUCCUGGCUGAUGAAAUGGGCCUGGGGAAAACCAUUCAGACAAUAUCCUUCCUGUCGUACCUCUUCCAUCAGCAUCAGCUCUACGGCCCUUUCCUGGUGGUGGUGCCCUUGUCGACUCUGACCUCGUGGCAGAGAGAGUUCGAAGUGUGGGCGCCAGAGAUCAACGUUGUCGUUUACAUCGGAGACCUCAUGAGCAGGAACAUGAUCCGUGAAUAUGAGUGGAUCCACUCACAGUCUAAAAGGUUGAAAUUCAAUGCACUUAUCACAACAUAUGAGAUCCUCCUCAAGGAUAAGGCUGUUUUGGGAAGCAUUAACUGGGCCUUUCUAGGUGUGGAUGAAGCCCACAGGUUGAAAAAUGAUGAUUCUUUGCUGUACAAAACUUUGAUUGAUUUCAAGUCCAACCACAGGCUACUGAUCACGGGCACUCCACUUCAAAAUUCCCUCAAGGAGCUUUGGUCUCUGCUGCACUUCAUCAUGCCAGAGAAGUUUGAGUUCUGGGAGGAUUUUGAAGAGGAUCACGGGAAAGGCAGAGAGAAUGGUUACCAGAGCCUUCACAAAGUCCUGGAGCCAUUUCUCCUACGCAGAGUCAAGAAGGAUGUGGAGAAAUCUCUGCCAGCCAAAGUGGAGCAGAUCCUCCGUGUGGAAAUGUCUGCCUUGCAGAAGCAGUAUUACAAGUGGAUUUUGACAAGAAACUACAAGGCGCUUUCAAAGGGAACAAGGGGCAGCACAUCUGGUUUCCUUAACAUCGUGAUGGAGUUGAAAAAGUGCUGCAACCACUGCUACCUUAUCAAACCUCCUGAGGAAAAUGAGAGAGAAAAUGGCCUUGAGACCCUGCAGUCUCUGAUCAGGAGCAGUGGAAAGCUAAUUCUCUUGGACAAACUGCUGACCAGGCUGCGUGAGAGGGGCAACAGAGUGCUGAUCUUCUCCCAGAUGGUGAGGAUGCUGGACAUCUUGGCAGAAUACCUGACUAUCAAACACUACCCUUUUCAGCGCUUGGACGGCUCGAUCAAAGGGGAGAUCCGGAAGCAGGCGCUGGACCACUUCAACGCCGACGGCUCCGAGGACUUCUGUUUCUUGCUGUCGACGCGAGCUGGAGGGCUAGGUAUUAAUUUGGCCUCUGCUGAUACUGUUGUUAUCUUUGACUCGGACUGGAAUCCCCAAAAUGACCUUCAGGCUCAGGCCCGGGCUCACCGAAUUGGACAAAAGAAGCAGGUGAAUAUUUACCGGCUAGUCACAAAGGGAACGGUGGAGGAGGAGAUCAUCGAGAGGGCCAAGAAGAAGAUGGUCCUGGAUCAUUUGGUAAUCCAGCGCAUGGACACCACUGGCCGGACUGUUCUGGACAACAACUCUGGGCGAUCCAACUCAAAUCCUUUCAACAAAGAGGAGCUGACAGCCAUUUUGAAGUUUGGAGCUGAAGAUCUAUUCAAGGAACUUGAAGGGGAAGAGUCGGAGCCUCAGGAGAUGGACAUUGAUGAGAUUCUGCGUCUGGCCGAAACACGAGAGAAUGAAGUGUCCACCAGUGCCACUGAUGAGCUCCUCUCGCAGUUCAAGGUGGCCAACUUUGCAACCAUGGAGGAGGAAGAGACAGAGCUGGAUGAGAGGUCCCAGAAGGACUGGGAUGAUAUAAUUCCUGAGGAGCAGAGGAAGAAGGUGGAAGAGGAAGAAAGGCAGAAAGAACUGGAGGAGAUCUACAUGCUGCCUAGGAUCCGAAGCUCGACUAAAAAGGCUCAGACAAAUGACAGCGAAUCAGAUGCAGAAACUAAGAGAAGGCUGCAGAGAUCGUCUGGAUCAGAAAGUGAGACGGACGAUACCGAUGACGAGAAGAGGCCGAAGCGCAGAGGGCGCCCACGGAGUGUUAGGAAGGAUACGGUGGAAGGAUUUACUGAUGCCGAAAUCCGGAGGUUUAUCAAGGCUUAUAAGAAGUUCGGGCUGCCUCUUGAACGGCUGGAGUGCAUUGCUCGGGAUGCUGAGCUGGUGGAUAAGUCUGUAGCUGAUUUGAAGCGGUUAGGGGAGCUCAUCCACAACAGCUGUGUGUCAGCAAUGCAGGAAUACGAGGAACAGCUGAAAGAAAAUCCAGGUGAAGGGAAAGGACCUGGGAAGAGAAGAGGUCCUACCAUCAAGAUUUCUGGCGUCCAAGUCAACGUGAAAUCCAUCAUCCAGCACGAAGAGGAGUUUGAAAUGCUGCAUAAAUCCAUUCCCACAGACCCGGAGGAAAGGAAGAAGUACCGCCUGACAUGCCGUGUCAAAGCUGCCCAUUUUGAUGUAGACUGGGGAGUGGAGGAGGAUUCUCGCUUGUUAGUGGGAAUUUACGAGCAUGGUUAUGGAAACUGGGAGCUAAUUAAAACAGAUCCGGAAUUGAAGUUAUCUGAUAAGAUCCUACCUGUUGAGACAGAUAAGAAACCGCAGGGAAAACAGCUUCAGACCCGGGUUGAUUAUCUACUGAAACUGCUGAAGAAAGAUCUGGACAAGAAAGAAAACAUGAAAGAUGGGGAAGAGGGCAAGCUGAAGAAGAGGAGACCACGGGUGAAGAAAGAGAACAAGGCUCCCAAAGUCAAAGAUGAACAUGGGAAUGAACUGUCCUCUCCUCGACAUUCAGACAACCAGUCAGAAGAGGGUGAAGUCAAGGAGGAUGGCUUGGAAAAGAGCCCAGUGAAAAAGAAACAGAAGAAGAAAGAGAACAAAGAGAACAAGGAAAAACAGACAAGCACUAAGAAAGAAAAGGAAAGUGAUAAAGAGAAAAAGAAGACAAAAGACAAGAAAGAAAAGCCUAAAGGUGGUGAAACCAAAUCUGGAAGUAAAGGGAAGAGGUCUCAAGGUCCUGUCCACAUUACAGCAGGGAGUGAACCAAUCCCUAUUGGAGAAGAUGAGGACGAUGAUCUGGACCAGGAAACAUUCAGCAUAUGCAAGGAAAGGAUGAGGCCAGUGAAGAAAGCACUGAAGCAACUAGAUAAGCCUGAUAAGGGACUGACGGUUCAAGAACAGCUGGAGCACACGCGCAACUGCCUCCUAAAAAUAGGGGACCGCAUCUCUGAGUGCCUUAAAGCUUACACUGACCAGGAUCAUAUCAAGCUAUGGAGAAGGAACUUGUGGAUAUUUGUGUCAAAGUUCACAGAAUUUGAUGCCAGAAAACUGCACAAACUCUACAAGAUGGCCCAUAAGAAAAGAUCGCAGGAAGAGGAGGAGCAGAAGAAGAAGGAGGACAUGUCCAGCAUGAAGAAGCCCUUCCGCCCAGAGCCUUCAGGCUCCAGCCGCGAUUCGGUGAUGUCCCAGUCCCACGUGCCUCACAACCCUCAUUCCCAGAAGAUCCACAUGCCCCCUUCCCAUGCCCAGCAGCAAAUGCAUGGGCACCCACGCGACAACUACGGCCAUCCCAACAAGAGGCAUUUCAGCAACACAGACCGAGGAGACUGGCAGAGGGAUCGAAAGUUCAACUAUGGAGGCAACAGCAACCAGGUGUGGGGCGGGGAGCGACAUCACCAGUACGAGCAGCACUGGUACAAAGACCACCACUAUGGGGACCGGCGAUCUCGCGGGGAGCCCCAUCGCAGCUCUGGGAACUACAGACCAAAUAACCUCUCCCGCAAGAGGCCCUAUGAACAGUACAACAGUGACCGAGACCACAGAGGCCACAGAGAUUAUUACGACAGGCACCAUCAUGAUUCCAAGCGUCGACGAUCCGAUGAGUUCCGGCCUCAGAAUUACCACCAGCAGGAUUUCCGACGCAUGUCCGAUCACAGGCCGCCCAUGGGAUACCACGGCCAAGGACCUUCGGACCAUUACCGGUCCUUCCACACAGACAAAUCGGGAGAUUAUAAACAGCCUCUCCCUCCACCUCACCCUGCAGUGUCGGACCCUCGCUCGCCCCCGUCUCAGAAAUCCCCUCAUGAUUCCAAGUCACCCCUUGAUCACCGGUCACCCCUGGAUAGGUCGUUAGAACAGAAAAAUAAUCCAGAUUAUAACUGGAAUGUACGGAAAACAUAAAGUGACCAAGAGGGGAAAGCGUACGUCUGAAAUAUUUGGUCCGAUGCAACAGCAGCUGGUUUCUCAAACCAG